AGAACUCUCUUUGCCAGCGGACAGUUGUCAGGGGUUGCACUUAUCGACCACCCCCAUGAGCGUAGUGAAAAGGGGGUGGUGUUUACUGUUGUGCAGUGGUGAUAGUUUUGUUGACUACUGUACGAUUUUAAAUAGGUUUUAAGGUAAAAUAAAUGAACAAAUAAUAAUAACAACUACACUACUUCUUGGUUUUAAGCUAGAAAUUUUUGUAUUAUUAAAUAACAGGUUACUACUUUGUAACCUGAAACUGAAACUAUGUAGCUAAAAUAAUAUAUAUUAUAUAUUUGUAUUUUCAAUCAGAACUAUUAAAUUUUUUUAAAUUAAAUGAAUUUGAAAAUAUAGCCUUUUCUAAUAUUUAAAAAAAACCUACCCAAUCGAUGAUGAAUACUUUACAUUAUUUCGGUUACAAAUAUCUUGUAUUUUUCUUCUCAUUAAUCUUUUGUAAUGUUUGAUCCCGUUUGGUCGUAUCUCGUCCCACUGUGCCAUGAGAUCUGCAUAAUCGGGGACACAUGCGCCGCUUGCACGCACUGCCAGCUGCGAUGGCUGCAACCGCCGAAGGCGACACUGAUUCAGCCGCAACGGGGGUUCAGACCGUGGAAUGGACGUAUAUAGCUCAGAAAUCGGCAGACACAUGCCACGCGCUUCCUGCUCAGUCGAGCGAGCUUGCUCAGCGGCAGCAGAUCGAGUGGGAUGCGAUUCAGGACGUGCGUGACCAUAGGCCACACGGAGGCAGCCAGGAGUCGCGGGCUAAUGGAGCUGGACGACGACUGCCUGCUGAUGAUUUGCGAGCAUCUGGCGCUGGCGGAGCAGCUGAGACUAAUGGCGCUGCAGGAGGAGCGACUGUCCAGCUUGAUACUCCGCCUGUGGACCAUCAGAUAUGCCCAACAGUUCGAUUUUCGCCGGGAGCUGCAACUAAAGCUGCUAGCGCCCGACGAGCAGGCUGAAGUAUUGGACCACCUGGGCCAGCGAACGAGAGCCUUGAUUAACCUGCCAGGGACCGGCGAGGGUUGCCGGAAGUGGCUCAAACGCAAGCGAAGAAGCCUUAACCAGUUGCUAAAAAUCAGUUUCACCAAAAGCAACGCCUUUGUGGUGCAGAAACUGCCAGAACUGAGUCCCAAUUUGGUGGACCUUAAGCUCGGUGAAGGUGAGGACUUAACACCCCCAGAAUUGGAUUGCCUACUGGAAAACCUUAAAGAUCUCAAAGCAUUUGAGCUGCGCUCGCACCGAAACUGCAGCCAGCGGAAGUACCAGUAUCCCAGAAACCUGGAGGCCCUGCGCCUGCCCGCCUGCAUGGUAAACACCAGCGCUGCUGAGAUCUUUCAAUUGCCCAGGCUCCGUGAACUGACGGCUUUUCUGUGUCAGAAUUCGGGGCAGGGUCACCUGGCUGGCGACGAUGAUGGCAAGGCAAAUGCCAGUGCCACUGGAACUGUGUCCGCCUGCCUGCAGCGCAUUCGGGGUCGCAACUGUCGGAUUGUGGGACUGCGUUUGCAGUGUCGACUGGAUGACUGGCCGCUGCCAGUGGCCACCGAGGAGGAUGUGUUCCGUUUGCAAUCCUUUGCCUGGCACUCGCAGCUGACGGUGCACUACGAUGUGGCGGAUGGGAGCGUCAAGUGGAUGCCACAGCGACCGCAGGCGGCGCGCUCCCUCCUCCGCUUCCUCGCCACCCAGGCAGCCAGUUUGCGGCAAUUGGAUUUCACGCGUAACGCACAUGCCACGCCCACAUUCCUCGCCGAGCUGGACGCCCACUUGAGGCGGGCCGGCGCAUGUCCUUCCACCCAACUGACAAAUACGGAUGCGGAUGGGAGUGCGGAUGCGGCCGAGACAAACGAUUUGGCGUUUGUCGAGCUGGAAUUGCUGCAUUUGCCUAAUGAACAAACGGAAGCGGGCACCGGAGAGAUGACAGCGAUGAGGGAUUAG